AUGGGCCCUGCAGCGCCCAGCACGUUGCCACGAGGGGGUUCUGUGCUUCGGGCGUUUUCGCCUGCAGCACCACCCGUGCCAGCAGACCGUGUGAAGACCAUACCACCACCAGGUCCGCCAGCCAAGCCAGUGCGUUCGUACGUCCCGGGGACUGGUUCUGAGCGCUGUUUCCCCUUCUCGGCCGGAGAUUGCCCCAGGGGUACAGAUCAACUUUACACCAUCCCUGCUCAUUCAAGCGAGGGUUAUAUGUCAUCUCCGGAACGUGGUUCAGCUAGGGUCCCAUAUGAAGACCCGUACUACACACAGUUUUUGGGGCCGACAACAGCUAGACCCGCGAUCAACCCCGUUAUAGAUGAAGAAUCUGGUGACGGCGUUAUAAUCGAAGACUCGUAUCAGAUGUACGGCGUAAAUGCUAUCACGACAGCACCACGCCCCAUGCCCCGACCACCCUACGACGCCAGGUUGGGCCCACCAGUCGAUGAUAUGCAGCGCUUACGUGUUGAAAAAAUGGAGCGUCAGCUAGCAAACCUUACUGGGCUCGUGCAGAAAGCCCUUCAAGUACCGGGGGGUACUCCCACACCAGCUGUUACACCUAGACAGGACUUCCAGCAGCCGGCUCGAACUACCCAAGAUGCCGCACUUUUUGCCAGCAACGAGAGACCCCCCAAAUUGGGGAGGGACAGAUUUCAAAAGUCUGUCUCGUUUGAGAAGUCCGUCUCGUUUAGCGAUGACCCACCAGAUAUGAACUCGCCGAAACAGCAUUCGCCUCAACACGCAGAGCGAGAUCGUCUGAAGCCAGCGCCGCCACCAAAGCCAGCAGGACUCGUUAGUCAGCCGCUAGCGCUAGUACCGCAAAAGACGUAUACAGUUACCGUUACGCCGGAUUUCUUCAAUGAACUGCAUCACCUACAAAAACAGAGCCGUGAUUUGAGGAUAGAGACGCGUAAUUUGCGACGCACGACCUUGUCACAUGCGAUGCAAAUGAGGCAGAUGAUGGCUGAUACAAUUGUCAAGAUCGGUACUCUAGCAGCUAGAUUCUGUGAAGAGGAUCCGGAAUCCCAACUCAAUAGAGAAGAAGAAAUUUACCGCCAAGAUAUGCUUCUAUUAGAGAACGAUUUGUACGAACUGGAAGCGACCGUGGAAAGAUUACGCGGCCAAGCAGCUAAUAGACUGGAAACUCGGGUUAACAUGGCGGAUAUAGAACGCAUUGCAAUGGUUUUGUCGAAGAGCAGCAAAACUGUGGCCGAUUGGAAACUCAAAUUCCCAGUACUUCAAGAGACGAUGAAAGUUAAACUCGCCGCCGAAAUGGAGAAAGUGGUUCGUAAAGAGAAAAUGCUCGAAGAAGAACCCGAGCGUUUGGAGCUCGCGCUGCGUCGUUGCAAAAAGCUAACUGGCACACUUGUCACUUUAAAGAGAUUGGCCUGUGUCCAAGAACAGCGCCUGCCUCUAAGCGACGGUCGCAUAUCCCCGACCUCAUCCCAAAGUUCAGCUACCGCCGGCCCAUCAUCUGAGGAGUACCACUCCGAAGCAACUUGCCAUGUCACACAAUCGAAUAAGCACGUUGUUGAUGCCAGAAGCAGCUCUAAUUACCUUGGAACCAAUAAAUAUAAUAUUCCAUAA